CCUCUUUGGUCCAGUCCCAAUGUUGGUCUUACCGAGGGUUUUUACUGAUUUUUUUAUAGGUAACUGUCUGAAUUUGAGUAGAAACGUUCAAGAUACAGUUGAUGAAAUUAAGUUAGAGGCACGUAAUGAGCAUACAAAAGGAUGGGUCAUUCAUGCGUACAUCAAAGUAUUCGAUAAAUGGUUAAAGCAUUUAGGCAGCAUAGAGGCAACAUUUGAACAGAUAGAAGAAGCAAUAUCAAUGUCUAUGGAUGCACACGAAGCUUUGGAACUAGUUAUGUCUAUAAAAAGGAAUCCGCCAAUGACCACAAUAACGCCAAAGUUAUCACGGUUAGUUUCGGGCAGAGAAACACGCAUAAUGGGAAGUAAUGUUUCAAAUACCUUGCAGUACAUGGCAUUGUAUGAUGAUGACAUUCAAGGUACAUCGAGAGGGUCGAGAGAAAUAUAUGUAAGAUCAAGCCAAAAACAAAGUUACAAAAUGGCACAUUGUCCUUAUUGUUCCGUUUAUUCAUCAAACGAAGUAUCCAAUUGUCAGGAAACGUUGACUACAGUUAAGUUGAACAAAUCAUCUGUAGCAGCUUCUAGUAAUUAUGAUGACAAAACCAGUAUUGAACAAGAACGAAAUAAAAAACGAAAGAAAGCACAGCUUAAAAGUCAGAGGUGUAAGCAAAUUACAACUGAAAAGUAUGUCAUUGAAAAUGCAAAGCAAAAUCUGCUUUUAGAAUCCAUGCCAAUUCGUCAAAAUGACUAUGAACUGUACGUGGAUUUUGUUAUAGACAAUAUUUCAAAAGAAUGCCAUGUUAACAAGAAGGCAGUAUUAUCCAUUACACACGAGGGAUUCCGUAAAGUUCACAAAAUUAAUACAAAUGAAAAUGAAUCAUUAUUUAUUGUUGGAGGCCAUGUUGCAAUGUGUCUUAGGAAAGAAGUAUACGAAUAUUUAGCUGUUUACGGAAACAUUGCAAGACCAAAGCUCCUGACAUAUCUGAAGACAAAAUAUCCUGAUAAUGAUAAUACCGAUUCAGAAACAUAUUUGUUUUUAACUUUUAAAGGCAUGCCAAUAAUAGGAGAAAUCAAGCGCACCCGAAUUAAAGAUACAGGUGAAACAAAUAUUGACAAUGCUGAAACAAAUGCGACAAUCCCUAAACAGGAGUGUCCAACAACGGGUCAGCAUGGUCCUUUUAUACGAACAUGCCUUGAUAGUAAAGAGUCUGAAAAUGAUUUGGAAAACAAUAUCAGUCCACAAGAAAACGUAACCGAACAGCCAUCCCACACCAAGAAUAACAAAGAAGAUAUUAAUAAUAAAAACGAAUCUGAUAUUUAUGAAAUAAAAGAGAAAGAAGUGGUACGUGCGAAAUCGAACAUUGCUGGACAUGAUAAGGAAAUAUCAGAGAGCGAGAGCAAACAAGAAAUGGUAAGGAAUGAAAAAGAAGAGAACAAAAUUGAGGACAAAUGUUUAGAGGAUUUAGAUAUUCAGAAAGAAUUAGAAGAUAUAUGCGAAACAUUUUUCCCGACGGGUGAAGAGACAUAUAGUGUCAAAAACGCAGACAACUUUGCAGAUGUGUUACAUAAUUUCCUGGAUCAAGGUCUGAAGACGAAAUAAAACAAUCAUUUGAUCUUACAGUUGGUGUGGUUAACAGAAACCAAUAACUGACAAACUUAAGCUAUUUCAUAAGAGACGAAGAUAUCUUUUUUAUUUAUACGUUAUCAUAACGACCCUAAAACAAAAUUACAAUAUCAGCUUCAUUUCUAAUAAUAGAAAUAAAAACAGAAGUAAACGUUUUAACAUCACAGGCUAUCAUGCGUGUUAUAAGAUUUGAUAGUCCAUUGCAAGUUCUUAAACUUAUAAAUAAAACUGGAUUCAUCGAGAUACCAGGAUUUCUGAAGCUCCCAAUAAGUGAAUAACAACAAUAUUAUUUUUAAAAAAACUUUCAAACAAUUCUUGACUAAUAAUAAAAUGAAUGAUUAAUCAUUAUACAUGUAUGAUUUACCUUUACCAUGCAUUAUUUAUUGAAAUUCGGGAGCCCAAAAGCAUUGAAAGUGU